GAAAUGAAUGACAAUGUAUAAACAAGAGUGACAGGAAUUUUUGAAAAAUUGAAUAACAUAUAAAAUUAAGUGCAAGAUGAGUAAUAUAUUAUAAUAAAUAAAUAAUAGAAAAAAUAGCAGAUUUUCAGUCAUUGCUUAAUUAAUAGGUUAGUUUGAAUUGAAUUUAAGAAAUGCAUCAUAAUAAAAAGAAGCAAUAUUUAGUUAAUUGGCAAAUAAAUUUAAAGAUUUAUAAGGAUUUUUAGAAAAUGAGAAUGAUAAGUAUAUAAAUAAUUUGAAAAUUAGUCGAGUAAGAUAAGAAUAAGAAAGUUAAAAAAUGAUAGUAGAUUUAGAAAGACAUGCAAAAAGAUUGUUAGAAACAAGUUAAAAAGAGAGAGUAGAUUAAGAAAAGAAAUUAACUUAUGCAAUUAGUUAAUAAAUAGAUUUCAUUUCUUAAGAUGUAAAUAGAUAAGGAGUUGAAUUAUUGGAAUCACAUAAAUAUGUGGAUAUUUAUUUAAAUGAAGACUUACCAAAGAUAGCAGAUGAUUUAUAAAAUGAAAUAGAUGAAAGAAGAGAAGUAGAAGAAAGAAUAUAUCAUUAAUUCAUGGAAUAAAUUUCAGAUUUAAGAGAAUUAUUUGAUAGGUAUGAUUAAUAAUAUAAUAAUAAAAGAGAGAGAAAAGAAAGAGAAGCAAAAGAAGAAGAUAUAGUAGAAAGUUUAAGAGAAGUUUAAUAUAGAAUUACAGAAUUAUUGAAAAGAAAUAAAAGAGAAAGAGAAACUACUGAAUAAGAAAUGGUAUGUUUAGUUGAAACUGUUAUAGAGAAAAUAAAGAUUGAAAUGUUAGAAAUGAAUAUGUGA